AUGAUAAUAAUAAUAUCAAAGAAUGCUUUAUUGAAGGUCAUUACGCUAUUAUCAAUUGUGAAUAUACAUUAUUGUCAACCUGUAACUACUAGAGGAAAAGGAUAUUUUAAAUUACCUAUACAAAAGUUUCAAUCUUCAUCAGUCACUGGACAUGAUAUUUUUACUGCUACCAAUAGUACCUCUGUUGUCUCCUUUAUGACAAAGAAGCAAAAGCAACUCUCUUACAAUCAUGGAACUGGUUAUUAUGGUGAAAUAAGUGUGGGGACACCGCCUCAAAAGUUUAACGUAGUGUUUGAUACAGGAAGCGCUGAUCUUUGGAUUGUAUCGACACAAUGUAAAAGUGAUAUUUGUAAAAAUCACGGAAAGUUUGAUUAUGAUGCCUCUGAGACUUAUAAUACGCUAGAGGAUGAUGAUAGCAGCAUUCAUAUUUUUUAUGGAACUGGAAACAUGCACGGACAUUUAGGUGAAGACACCGUACGGUUAUGCAAUAAUCAGAUUAUUAUAAAAAAUCAAGUUAUUGCAGACGCUGUAACGAUAUCACGAGAGUUUAUUGGCUCUCCCUUUCAGGGCAUCUUUGGUCUUGGGUUUCAGAAACUAAGUAGUUCUCCAGACUAUAGCCCACCUCUUCAAUCUAUCGUUGAGCAGAAUCUCAUGGAUGAACCUAUCUUUGCUAUUUAUUCUCAACAGAAGGCAGGUGAAAUUGAUUUCGGCGGAAUCGAUACAACCCGCUUCAUGGGCACUUUAAGUUAUGAAAAAGUAAUUGAUUCUAGUUAUUGGAUGAUUAAAAUAAAUAACAUUAGGUUUGGUUCUACCUAUUUUGGAGAACGAAAAGCAAUUGUAGAUAGUGGUUCUACUUUAAUUAUCAUGUCUCGUAAAGAUGCAACUGUGUAUCAUAGUCAAAUUCCAGAUGCUAUCUUUAAUGGCGAUGGAACUUGGUCAUUUCCUUGCGCAAAUAUAAAUAAAGUGAAACCUCUUAUGAUUAAAACGUCAACUGCACUACUUACAAUUCCAAUGAGCAAAUUAUUUAUAACUCCUGUAAGCUCAACAAGUAAAACUUGUCUAUCAGGUAUUUCAACAGAUAAUGAAGAAGAAGGAAACACAUGGAUACUAGGAGAUAUCUUUCUACGAAAUUUUUACACAGUAUUUGACUUUGGAGAAAAUCGAUUAGGAUUUGCACCUGCUAUAGAAGACAUUGCCAUGUCUGAUCCUACUUAUAAGCAAAUAGGACUCUAGCCCUUUAUAUUAUUAUUUUUUAAACAUGCUGGUUUUCUUUUUCUAUUUCAUUUGAAAUCUUUUCAAAUAAAGCUUCUAUUUCUUUCGUAUGUACGUCAGGAACAAAUUUAACCGAAAUCGGUUGCCUUAGUUGACGUUGAAUCAUCAUGUUUAGUAAAUGGGUAUAAUGUUUUAAAGCUCUAUGUACAUUUCCUCUUUCUCCUUUUUUAGUUGAAAUGGGUUCAUAUAAAAUUUGACAUUUUCUCAGAUUCCUUGAGACUUUUACACCAUGU